AUGAACGCUUCGUUAAGACUACACUCGCUCAUAGUUUUCUCUAGGAAGUGCACUCGUCCAGUUUUUACAUCGCCUCUCUUGGAAAGCGAGAAGAAAAACGCUGCAGAGUUCGACAAGGAUUUCUUGGCUGAAAUCGAAAAGAAGAUCAUUAGAAACCGACAGAUCCUAAGGAAACACUCUUUGUCCCAUAUUAAAGCGCGAGAGCUCAGCUCAUCAAUCGCUAACUUAAAUAUUUCAAUGAAUAAUGCACAGCAAAAGCAUCGCGAUGCAUUUGAUUCACCGGCCAGUUCGAUUGCAAAUAUUCCAGCCCAUGUGUCGAUUGAGAUAUUAGGAAAUGGAUCGUGUCAUUUACGUCCAUGUGUUGCCAUUCGCACUCCGUUAAAAACAUAUUUAUUCAAUUGUCCGGAAGGUGCUUCUCGAUUUCUCCCUCAACUACGCCUCAAGGCGCUCAAUGUCAAUGACAUCUUCAUUACACGAUCAACAUGGGAUAAUAUAGCUGGUAUAUCGUCGAUUUUAUUAUCAAAAGAGUCCAACUGUUUACCUACACGUAUCCAUGGUGCAAUGAACAUAAAACAUUUUCUGGAAUGUAUUCGUCCGUUUCAAGAUUCUGACUAUGGGUCAACGAAGUACCCCUCCCAGGUGGAGGAAAGGCCAUAUACGUUGGAAAGUUAUGAGGAUGCGGCACUGGCAGUCACAUAUUUACCGUUGAGUGCUCCUCUUCAUGACUCAGAUAGCAAGGCAGGCUCGCUCAAUGUAGCUUAUUUUAUUGAACUAAAAUCGCCUCCAAGACGGAUUGAUCCGCUGAAGUUGAUUGCACAUAAGGUUCCCAAAGGUCCCCUCAUAGGGAAGCUCAAGAGUGGUGACACCGUGCAGCUUCCUGAUGGGCGAACGAUUCGGCCUAGCGAUGUUUUUUCAGACGAGGCUCCGAAGGAAGAAAAGUCCAGAGCACUUGUGUUCGAGUGUUCAGGUGAAGCUCACAUCAACGCUUUACGUGAAAAUUCUGUUUUGCAGAAUUUCAUGAACGGGUCUUCUCAUAUCGAUUACGUGGUUCAUCUGAGCGGUCAGAACAUCGUGCAACAACCGUCUUACGCGAAGUUUGUGGCAUCACUUGGCGAGAAGUCUACACACAUUGUCGUGAACGAUUCGUGUCCCCAUGUGCCUGGUAUUGAAAGUAUUUUCAGAAAUCACCGCUUGCUCAACCAAAUUUGUCCAGAUUUGUUCCCACAGUUACAUCCGCUGGGCUGGACUGGGCUUGUCACUCAAGGAAGUGAGCUGGCGGUGCAGGAUGGAUUAUACAUCAAGGCAGCGCCUUUGCAGCGAUUUUGGAUGCGAGCGGGAGGCAGUGGAGAAGAGCCCAUAAUUGCUGAUCUGCGUGACACCGAUCCCAAUUUCACAGACACUACUAAGAAGUUGAUAGAGGAUCUCCAUGAAGAUGCGGCACGACUGCGUGCUACUUCUUCCAUGGACAGUGAAUAUCCCCGAGUAUCUUUCUUGGGAACAUCGUCGGCGGUGCCGUCUAAAUACCGCAAUGUCAGCAGCUAUCUUUUGGAGUCCAGUUCAUCAUCAGCUGUACUCAUCGAUGUGGGCGAAGGCACUUUUGGGCAACUGCGCGUUUUAUUUGGGGAUGAUGGAUGUUCGGAGCUGCUGUGCAAAUUGAAUGCCGUCUUUGUAACACACGCUCAUCAAGAUCACAUGAAUGGCCUGUAUACAAUCAUUGAACGGCGUAAGGAGGCGAUUGAAGGCUCUGGAAGACAGUACACACCUCUGGUUCUAGUCUGUAAUCGAAAUGUAUUAAAGCCGUUGAAAACUUACUCGAUGUGCUUCUUUGAUCUCGAGUCGUUAGUGGAGAUAGUUGAUAUAUCAAGACAUCCGAUUACACCUCCCGCAAGCCCUGGCCCUCCACUGAAAAGGCGGCGAUUGCCGUCUCCGGUACUGUCAGCGUGCCGUAGUGUCAUAGACCAAAUGCCCCGGCCGCUUUUCGAUGAGAAUAUGUGGAAUAUUCAGGAAAUAAAGGCUGUUCAGGUGCACCACACAAGAAUGGCGAACGGAUUCAUUUUCGGUGUCAAUGGAAAGCGAGUGGUGUUUUCCGGGGAUACGAAACCCUGUGAUUUGUUGGUAGAGGAAGGGCAAAACGCUGACCUUCUCAUCCAUGAGGCUACAUUCGAAGAUGGACAUGAGGCGGACGCUCUGAAGAAAAAGCAUUCAACGAUGGGCCAGGCUGUUGAAAUUGGUCGGAAGAUGAAGGCACGAAAUGUUAUUUUGACUCAUUUUAGCGCCAGAUAUCCAAAGGUACCUGAGCUCCCGGCAUAUCUAGAGAAGGCAGGAAACGUUGGUGUGGCCAUGGACAAUUUGAGUGUUCGCUUCGACCAGCUCGGCUUGGUACCGAAACUGAUACCAAUCUUUAGGGAGGUCUACCAGGAAGAACUGUUUGAAAUAGAACUGCGAAGGGAGACACGCAAUUUCAAACAGAAGGAGGAGCGUGAAUCGAAGAAGAAGUCCGAGCUAAAGUCACGAGAAAACACCGCCGAUGUGAGAAUCCUCCUAGUAGGAGAGCCUGGCGUCGGGAAAACGUCCUUGGUGAUGAGCCUUCUUGAAGAUGAAUGGGUUGAAAAUGUACCAGCUAGAUUAGACAGGGUACUAAUUCCGGCUGAUGUCACUCCAGAGAACGUCACCACAUCCAUUGUUGAUUGCUCGGUAGGGAACGAAGGUGAGGAAUACAUCACUUCCGAACUGAAGCACGCAAAUGUUGUUUGCAUUGUUUAUACGGUAUCCGAUGACAAUACAAUAAAACGGGUUACUGACAAAUGGCUUCCAUUAUUGCGUGAUGUUUAUGGUCCGGAGCAUGAGAUUCCAGUGAUUCUUGUUGGUAAUAAGUCAGACGGCUCCACAAAUCACACAGAUAAGCAGCGGUCGACUCCUCUGGGUACUUAUCCAUCUAUGGACACGCCCACUGGCCACCGACAGUUCGAGACUCCUGUGCUGGAACUGCUCAGCACAAAUGACACUAUGAGAGAAUGUUGA